UCUAUCCUUUGGGUAGAGAGAAGAAGUCCAAAGAAGUUCAAGAGAAUAAGGUAUUAUCACUAUGAAGGUUUUCAGGUCCCACUGGGUUGUGAUAUCUUUGCUAUUCUUUCUAUCAAAGGUGACAGAAAUCCAAGCAGAUAACGUUAAACCACAAACCGUCACCUGUACCAACCGGAAGAGCAAAUGCUUUCUCAAGAAGGUGAGCUGCCCAGCUCAGUGCCCCAGGGUUAAACCAACUGACUCUAAAGCUAAAGCUUGCUUCCUCGACUGUAACUCCCGCAAGUGCGAGGCUGUUUGCAGACAUCGCAAGCCUAACUGCAAUGGCCUUGGUGCUGCAUGUUUUGAUCCUCGGUUCAUCGGUGGAGAUGGUAUAGUUUUCUAUUUUCAUGGCAAAAGCAAUGAGCAAUUUGCCUUGAUCUCAGAUCCCAACCUCCAAAUUAAUGCUCGCUUCAUUGGCCACCGACCAGCUGGUCGAACCAGAGAUUACACAUGGAUUCAAGCCUUAGGAGUCAUGUUCGACUCUCACACUUUCACUCUCGAAGCCACAAGGGCAACAAAAUGGGAUGAAGGUGUUGAUCACCUUCAAUUCACUUAUGAUGGAAAGCCACUCAUAGUACCUGAAGGACACCUCUCUGAAUGGAAGUCUAUACAGGAAGAUCUUAAAGUAGAGAGAACAUCAAGCAAGAACAGUGUCACAGUUACCCUCCAAGAUGUUGCAGAGAUUUCAGUUAAUGUGGUCCCUAUCACUGAACAGGAUAACAAAAUCCACAAUUACCAGAUACCUUCGGAUGAUUGUUUUGCCCACUUGGAAGUACAGUUUAGAUUCUUUGGCCUCUCCCCAGAAGUUGAAGGUGUUCUUGGAAGGACCUAUAGGCUGGAUUUCGAAAAUCCAGCGAAACCAGGGGUGGCUAUGCCUGUUGUUGGAGGUGAAGACAAGUAUAGGACUUCAGCUCUACUUUCAUCAGACUGUUCCCAUUGUGUGUUCCCUCCAGCUGGUGUUGAGGCCAGACAGAACACAUUAGUGAUGGAUUAUGGCACAUUGGAUUGCAACCGCGGCACCAGUGGCAGAAAUGGUAUAGUUUGCAGGAAAUGAACAACAAAUUUUCGCAUGGUUAAUGAAUAAACACAGUAUAACUGUCGUAGCAAGAGGAUAUGGUUUGAGAUAGGUCGUCCGAGAUUUCAAAUCUCCGUAGUGUUUUUUGUUUCUGCCUAGUUUCCUUUGUUGGCUUCAUUGUCCUAAUGGCAAUGCCGAAGGUGGGAGUAGGUAGUCAAGGUGUUCGAGUUUCUAGUAUGAAUAGU